UCGCUAGUAAAAUACUAAAAAAUCGCCACUUUGACUCCUCCCAAUUUCGGCGCCUCCGUCGAACUAACUUCUCCUUCGGGCGCGCUUUCUGAGUUGGCUUCCAAACGGUUAUUGGACGAGUGGGUUUCCGUUGGACAACUUUCUCGACGGCGAUCCCGCCAGUAAAUGUGCAUGAGGCGAUGGAGGCGUGCGGACAAGGUGUCGCCAAGAAUUGUCGAGAUUUACUAGUAUUUCCAUGUCAGUGAAGCGACGAAGAGAGUGAAAAUCUAGGCUGCUGUAGCAUUACUACUACUACUACUACUCCCACAACCACGUCCACCCUUGGCUUGAACUUUCAUUGUCGCCCAAGGGAGAGGGUCCCUGUGUGUUCGUCCCAUGGUCAAUCCUACAAUGGAAAUGUGACAUUGUGAUUAUCUGUAGUGUGUGAUAUCGGUUCAUCAAAAUACUGUUUGUUGUUACAUUGCUUUUGUUGCUGCUCUUGUUGUGUACCUUGUGAAUUGAACCAGAUCAUCAAAUGUGGGUUCAUGCAACUAAUGAAGUUCGACGCGUUCAGGGAGACCGCCAUGGCCGGUGACAGCCUCACUAAAGGUUCUAAAACACGAGUCUCAAUGAUUUGCCUAGGCAUGACCACGAUCAACAGCCCCAACAGCAGCUCAAUUACCUCGGCCCCCAAUAUGUGCUCAGGAACAUCCCUGACCAAUGGAUCCUCGUCCCACUGCGGUCCCAAUCGACGGAAAGUGGCCCUCUGCAUGGGUUGUGGCGGGCAGAUCCAUGACCAAUACAUCCUAAGAGUGGCACCAGAUCUCGAAUGGCAUGCAGCCUGCCUCAAAUGCAGUGAAUGUCAAAUGUUUCUCGAUGAGAACUGCACUUGUUUCGUUCGGGAGGGAAAAACCUAUUGCAAAAAGGACUAUGUCAGAUUAUUUGGCGCCAAGUGCGACAAAUGCCACCGCUCGUUUGGCAAGAAUGAUUAUGUGAUGAGGGCCAAGAACAAGAUCUUUCACUUGGAUUGCUUCCGGUGUGUAGCGUGUGAGAAGCAACUUGUGCCCGGGGACGAAUUCUCGUUGCGACACGAGGAGCUCUUGUGCAAAGACGACAGCAUGGACCGCAAAGAGUCCAUCGAGAACAACAACACCAUCCUACCCCAUCAUAACACAUCCAACAGCUCAGAAGAUAAUUCAGAAGCUCACUGUGACCUCUCUGACGAAGACAUGAGCGUGAUAGACUCCCAUGAGGACAUUCUCGGUCCCAAACACAAAGGUCUAGGUGGUCACCCUGGCCACUCGUUGGGCGGCCCUCACGGCCCAGGUUCCGUGGGAUCUGGGGGCAGUGGUGGGGGGAGUGGGAGUGGCGGAGGAAGUGGGAGUGGUGGGAAGAAAGGCGGUGACCGCAAGAGUGCCCGAGCCCGAACAGUGCUAAGUGAGAAACAAUUGAACGUCCUCAAGACCUGCUACUCUGCCAAUCCACGGCCAGACGCCUUGAUGAAGGAGCAGUUGGUGGAGAUGACGGGCCUCUCCCCCCGCGUGAUCCGUGUCUGGUUCCAGAACAAGAGGUGUAAAGACAAGAAGGUACAGAACAGACUUCUGGAGAAGCAAAUGCAACGCGAGAGUGAUGGUCGGAAACUGGGGUAUGGAUCGAUGCAUGGGAUCCAAAUGGUUGCCUCCUCACCUGUGAGACACGAAUCUCCCGUGAGCAUGAACCCGGUCGAAAUCCAGUCCUACGAGCCACCUUGGAAAGCUUUAACCGAUUUUGCGCUCAACACCGACUUGGACCGACUCCAUCCCGGAGAUCGGCUCCACCCGGGCGCCUCUCACUUCCAGCAGCUGGUCAAUCAGAUGCAUGGAUAUCCUGCCGAUAUGCCUCCAGGAGGCCCAGACCACAUGCAUCAAGGCCCGCCAGGCCUACCACCCCCACCUCCGGGUGAAAUGUCGCCCUACAUGGGAGUACAUCCUGGUGAUAUGGACUAUCCUCCUCAUUCUUCGUCAUCUCACCCGUCCCACCCUCCCUCCUCGGGACCCGACCUUGGUUACCUGGACGGGGAUCAUCGGGACCUCACACCCCCGGGUUUGAUGCCCCCGCCCUCGGAGGCGACCACCGUGUAGAAGAGUGGUGAUGAGUGUGGACUCUUAGAGACUGCUGAAAAGAAAUGGAAGAGAAACUGACAACUAAAAAGUGAACCAACCACAAUGUGAACCAAUAUAGCCCCCCACCCACAAAUCCACCAGCACCUAAACUCCCCCAACCCCCUACCCCUCUUUCUUAUCAUUAUUGCUAUUAUUGCUAUAUUUGUUGCCCUAUCACUCACCCAUCAUCCGUCAUCCGUCACCUUGCCCUGACCCCCAACAACGUAUCACGUCUUUAUUUUCUCUCCAUGUCACUAUCAUCAUCAUUAUUGUUGUUGGACUUGUGUGCCAGAAUAAAUAUCUCUAUGACAGAAAGCGAAACCGAAACAGAAAAGAA